AUGGCAUCAGUCUUGUCUUCGAGGAUAGUCCAUAACCACCCACUCAUUGGACUCUUUGUGAUAUUCCUCGCUUGGAAACUAUGCAUUCUUCUGAUCACAUUGGCCAGCCCUGGUCCGGGAUAUGACACGUCUACAAGCCUCCUUUUCGGCCAUCAAGACUCUCGACACGCUACCUCUGGAACUCCUAGCUUUAUGGCGAAUCGGUGGUUCAAUUUCGUCAGAUGGGACGCUAUCUACUUUACCCACAUGUCGGAGCAAGGACAUGUGUAUGAGCAGGAAUGGGCCUUCGGGAUGGGCAUCUCCACAACAAUAUCAUGGGUCGCCGCACCCGGUCUCGCUUUGUCACACUUGGCCCAUUGGCUAUCCGUUCGUCAACUCUUUGCGCUUGCCACGAGUCUCCAUGGCGGAGAGGAGCUUUCACCGUCGCUGGGCCCGUUCUAUGCUGCAGCACUUCACAUAUUUUCUCCCGCCGGAGUGUUUCUCUCCGCUCCGUACACCGAAAGUUUGUUUGCAUUUCUUUCCAUAUCUGGCUUUCUGGGAUAUGUCCGAGCUGCAAGCCAUUUUACACGUGACGGCCUGGUUCCUGGCUGCAUUAACAUGACGGGUGCAGCGAUAGCUUUUGGCAUGGCAACCUUUGUCAGGAGCAACGGCAUACUUGCGGGAAUACCAUUCCUUCUCGAAGCGAGUGCAACUGCACACGCAAUUCUCCGCCAAGGUGUAUCGUUGCCUCGAGUCAGCUGGCUUGCCUCAGCCGGCUUGGGGGGUCUACUGGUGGCAGCCGGGAUGGCGAUACCACAAAUCAUCGCAUACUACGAGUACUGUGAUGGGCGAGAGCCUGGAGCCAGGAGGCCAUGGUGUGAAUCUAUAUUCCCGUCGAUCUUCACAUGGGUCCAGUCUCACUAUUGGAACGUUGGUCCAUUCCGGUAUUGGACGCUUUCGAAUCUUCCCCUGUUCUUGCUUGCGGCACCCGCGCUCUGGCUCCUCUUCUACUCUGCAAUAGAUGUUCUCCACGAUCCGGCAUCCCUUGUGGCAACUUCCUCAAAAAUCCCGUCUCGGAUCGUAACAACGCAGCAAAAGAGAACUAUCAUAAGCCUGGCAGUACCGCAACUGGCGCUCGCAGUCCUUGCAUUGACGAGUUAUCAUGUGCAGAUCAUCACGAGGAUAUCAUCGGGAUAUCCGCUGUGGUAUUUGUGGCUGGCGGCUAAAAUCCAGGGAAACCCAAAGCGUACGGUGCCCAUCAUCCGCUGGAUGGUGGUUUAUGCAUUGAUCCAGGCUGGCUUAUACGCAUCAUUCUUACCACCGGCCUGA